UUACAAAUGUAAUAAUAGAUAAUAUGUACUUUACUUGAUUUAUUCAAUUAAAUUCUUUUUUUUUUAAAAAAAAACAGAUAUCGAAAAGAUGCAAGGAGGCGAAGAAACAAGGCUUCGACGUCAUAGUUCGGUUGGAAAGAGAGAUGAAAAUAAGGAAAGGGGUAAUUGGAGUGGCCAACUUGACUUUCUUAUGAGUUGUUUAUCGUACGCCGUCGGUUUAGGAAACCUUUGGCGUUUCCCGUAUCUAUGCUAUAGAAACGGGGGUGGAGCGUUUCUUAUUCCAUACGUUAUAAUGUUGGUAUUCACUGGUAUACCUUUAUUCUUUAUGGAAUUAAGUUUCGGACAAUUCGCCGCUGAAGGAGUGAUAUCCAUCUGGAAGGUUAGUCCGCUCUUCCAAGGAAUAGGAUGGGGUAUGUUUAUCGUGUCCUUCUUUAUUUCGGUCUACUACAAUAUGAUAAUUGCCUGGACACUAUACUACCUAUAUAAUAGUUUCUUUGGUUUUUCAUCCGACCUAUCGUGGACAACCUGCGAUAACGAAUGGAAUUCUCUAGAAUGCGGAUUGGAAAAAUUUCAAAAAAUCCGAAAUUGUACUGUGAAUAGCACGGGUGUUUGGUAUAAUGAAACUUGUGUCAAGAAUACAACCGAAAACCAUCAAUUAAUCGAACAGAUAACUGGAUGGAGCAAUUCAACUUCAAAUAUUAAAUCAAUUUCUUACGCUAGCGACGAAUUCUUUCAUAGGAAUAUGUUAGAUAUUUCCGAAGGAUUUCACGAAAUGGGUGCACCAAAGUACGAAAUGAUCAUAUGUCUUUUUGCAGCUUGGACCUUGGUUGGCUGCUCUUUAAUCAAGAGUAUUAAGUCAUCUGGAAAAGUAGUAUACUUUACUGCAAGUUUCCCGUAUAUUGUCCUCAUAUGUUUAUUAGUUAGGGGAUUAACGUUACCUGGAUGUCUGGAUGGAAUACUUUUCUAUUUGACACCGCAAUGGCACAGACUUCUGUCAGCUAAAGUUUGGGGAGACGCCGCGGUUCAAAUAUUCUUUUCGUUAUCGCCUUGUUGGGGUGGUUUAAUCACUUUGGCAUCGUAUAAUCGUUUUAGAAAUAAUUGUUUAAGAGACGCCCUAUUCGUUUCAAUAUCGAAUUGUUUGACGUCAUUCUUUGCUGGAUUCGUUAUAUUUGGAAUAAUUGGUUAUAUGGCACACAUCUUUAACUUACCUGUAGACGCAGUAGCGAAAGAAGGAGUUGGAUUGGCUUUCAUCGUCUACCCAGAAGCAGUAUCUAGAUUCCCUGUGGCUGCUAUUUGGGCUGUUGUCUUCUUUCUCAUGCUACUCGCCUUAGGUUUGGGAACGCAAAUUGCAACUGUCACAACAGUCCAUACUACACUUAUGGAUGUUUUUCCAAAGGUGUUUAGAGUGGGACGAAGGCCUAUGAUACUUACGUGCAUUGUUUGUAUUGUUGGUUUUAUCUUUGGUAUAAGUUGCACAACUAGGGGUGGUAUAUUCAUGCUACAACUAAUUGACAACUACGCGGCUACGUAUUCUGUAUUGAUAAUAGGCCUGUGUGAAUGUGUAGUUCUUUCUUGGGUUUAUGGAAUAGAUAGAUUUUCAAAAGAUAUUGAACAAAUGAUAGAUAAAGAGCCUUGGAUGUGGUUUAAGGUACUGUGGAAAUACGUUACACCAGGAUUACUUAUUCUCAUAAUACUUUUUACGUGGAUCGAUUAUACACCUUCUAAUUACGGAACAUAUAAAUUUCCCGCAUGGGCAGAUACUUUGGGUUGGAUGAUGUCAAUGACCUCGGUUAUGGCCAUACCAAUCGUAGCAUUAUAUAAAAUAGUAAGAACAAAGAGCCGAAAUAACGAAACAUUAUGGCAAAAAAUAUGUAGGUUGUCGCAACCAUCGUGUAGUUGGGGGCCAGCAAUAAGUAAAUACAGGAAACCACACCAAGACGAAACAUGCGAACCUCUUCAAACUGACGAACAAAUGAGAUUAGCAGAUUUACAAAAAGCUUAAUAGAUAUAAAUAAGAAAACAAAGCAAGCAAUUAAAAACAAAAAAACGUAAAGAUAUUUUUAGAAAGUUUAGAGCUAAAAAACAACAAAAAACAAUAAAAAAAUAACAAAAAAUGUUCACUUGGAAGAGAAUUUGAAAUUCUUUUGUGAAGAGAAGAGAUGAAAAUAUUUAAAUUUUUUAUUUCUUCUUUUUUCUUUUUUUUGUCUUUUUCUUUGUCAUAUAAGGAUCUUAGAGGAUUUUAGAAACUACUACUACUACUACUGCUACUUUGGCCUUCACUUUAAAACAAGGAUAGAGGAAAAGUAUUGAAGUCAAUAUAGAUGAAAAUGGUAAAUAGUCUAAAAAAUUCGUAUUUUUAUAUCACCAUACUUGCUAAUUAUAUUUUUUAUGUAAAAUUAAUGGAGUAUGUAUAUAUUCCUCUUAUUCCUCUCUCUCUCUCUCUCUCUCUCUCUCUCUCGCUCGCUCACUCGCUCUUUCUAUCUACCUACAAAACUAUGUCUAUGUACAAUUCCAUUUCAAUCAUCUUUCCUCUUUACUCCCCUUAAACCGUCCUUUGAUCAAAUAGUUAAUACUAUGAUACGUUAAUAUUGUUUUUAGGUUAUAUAUACAGAAUAUAUAUGUUAAUUAUUUUUGGCCCGAAAUGAGUAAGAUUGGAAAAAAAGACUGUAUUAGAGUUAUAUAAUUCGUAUAAUUUACUGAAAUUUCUUGUCUUUUAUAGUAUAAAAAAAAUGACAACAUAUACUUUACUUGAAGAAAUCUUUAUCUAUG